AUGGAAAAACAUGGGCUGACUGGAAAGAAAUUGGCAAUUUUCAGUGUGGAUGAUGCCUUUUCCAUUUCUUCACAGCUUUGCCGUGGUGAUGUCAACUUGGAUCCACUUGAAGAGCCGCUGAUCAGGGAACGUUUCUCUAGCAACAACAGUUCACGUUGGGAGACCCCUACAGUGAGUGCAGCUUCUGGGGAAGCGCUGAACACGAGACCUGCACGUAGACGUAAUUUGAGUGAUGAAGAGGUGAAUGCUAGGAAACAACGUGAGGACCAGCAGAAGGAGUACUGGUCUAGGGAGCUGUACCUGGAAUUGAAGAAAUUUGAAGCUCCGGCGUUGCAACAUCUGGAGCAUUGCGUCAGUGAUCGCCAUCUGCACAUGGCCCUGGCAGGUAGGACAAGGUACAACACUUUGAAACGUUAUGUCAAGACUUGGAUGGCCUUCAUGCAGUGGCUAGAAGCAGCAAAGGGAGUAAUUGACUACCCGGUCCCUGGAGACCUGGUGGAAUAUUUAUUCUCUCGGUUUGAUGAGCCUUGCGGACCGACCAUCCCUGGCUUGAUAGUCAAGGCAGUCACCUGGAUGGAGCGUACAGCAUGCAUAGAUGAUAGAAUGAAGGUAGGAGAAUCACAGGUAGUUCUGUCAGUCAAGGACUAUAUUGUGGAGAUGCUGUCAAAGGACUCACCACCGAAAAGGAGAGCACCUAGGUACCCGGCGGUUUUCUUGGAGGCACUAGAGGUCAUGGUGGAGAACGACACCUUACUGAUGGGCACGAGGGCAGUCGCUUGGAUCAAGCUCUUCAAGAUCUGGGCUUCACUUCGUUGGGACGACAUUCAAAAGGUAGUCCCGAAGGAGUUGAAGUACUAUGCAGGGCGCAUGACCACAAUCUUGCGUAUUACAAAAACGACAGGGCCUACCAAGAGGGUACAAGAGCUGCCGGUUUGUGUUUCAGAGCAUGCAUAUGUUACAAGUCCAUUUUGGUUGAAGACGGGUUUCGAUCUCUUCAAGACAUAUGCAAACUUUGAGCGUGACUACAUGCUGCCGAAGUUGAACAGGGACUGGUCCAGUUUCAGGAGAUCCAUGGCAACGUACAAUGAUGUCACUUCAUAUUCUUCAUAUGUACGUAAAGCUGCCAAGAGACCGGGAACGACGGAACCCCUUUUGGAUCCGUCCCUGUCGACAUUCUGGACAGAGCAUUCAGAACGUGCAACACUCCCAACUGGGUUAGCCCUCUUGAGAACUGCAAAAGAGGAACGUGACAUGCUAGGUCGUUGGAAGCCUGACGGUUCAGACACGUACAUCAGGAUGUACAAUGGUGUGGUUGCGAGACUCCAGCAGCAAUACGCAAAAGCUGUACGGGUAGACAACAGGACUGGACUCUUGGAUGAAAGAGAUGUCAUUGAAAGUGCGAUGUCAUGGCUCACUGACCGAUGUGAACAGUUGCCUGAGAAUCAGGUGCAAUUGAUCAUUUCUCACUUGGAGGAUUCUAUGCGCUGGCAGGUUCAGCCUGGUUGGGAGUUAACUGGACAGGUCGAAGAAGAAGAUGUGCCGGAGGACACACAGUCGGCGCCCAAUGCACAGCCUUUGCAGGUUCAGAAACAGCAAACGGAGAAAGAUGCCCUAAAAAGGGGUGGAGCUGACCUCAGAUUUACAUUGUCUCGAAACGAUGUUACAGAUGAUUUGCAAGCUGCUUUCUUUACGAACGGCAUUACAACAGUUCAGAAGUUUUCAUCCUUCUUCAGAUCAGAAGAGGACCUUAUUCAAGUCAUGAAGGAUUCUUUUGCAACAGACGCAGAUGAUGGUCUGGAAGCACGGGCGCAGCUGGCCUCAGUGAUUUGCGCUUGGAGAGAGACGCAAACCAAACAAAAGAGACAAGCAGAGGUUGAGGCUGAGAUGGACACACGUGAGUGGACGAAGCCAAUACCUACAGGUGAUUACAUCAACCUACGGAAUGCAUUCAUGAGGGCCCAUGGAAAGGUUGAGGACAAGGUAACACCAUCGAAAGAAUACCUUGAGAAAAAACUGCAAGAACUUAAGAACGGUGAAUUCCGUGCUGAACUGCUGUCGGAGGUAGUAUCAAAAGACGAAGUUGACCCGGACAUCAUGGUGCCGGUCUUUGACUCCAAAGGGUCGCUCUCAGUGAAGAAGGGCACAACGACGGUGGCGCUCCCGACGGGACCUGAGCAACUUAGGAGACGGCUUACAGUGAUGUUGCAUUGUGUCAUGAUGCUGGCUUUGAAACAUACAAACCGUGAAGAGAUUCAAGACAUGAGCCGCGACACCAUGGAGCGCUACAAGGAUUACAUCCUAGGCGAUUAUGUCUGGGGCUUGUCAUCGACUGACCUUCAGGGAAAUCAGAUACAGACGCCGCCUUGGAGUCUUGUCCUCAGCUAUGAGCAUGCAGUGCGGAAGCGUGCAUACAAUUUGAUGGUUACGGAACAUUUGAGAAUUGGAGCUGCUUUGGAACAGGCAUGGAAAUGUCCGGUCACAAAGGAACGUCACUUCAUCACGCCCUUGGCCCUCUACAGCAAACGUUCCAAUCCAAGAAGACAAGGCGCCUUUGGACACAACCGGAUCAGUCUGACCUACGGAUACAAAGAGGCACAACGAUGGAGGACCAGCCUCCUCAAGGUCAAAAUGGUGGACAUACAGGUGAAGCCACAUUUAGACCUAACUCAGAAAGCAGUCCAGGACUCGGACAGACAGAACUAUGAGGUUUUGAAACCAGAUGGCAGGAAGUUAGCAGGGGGGCUUGGGAGCCCCCGCAAGUGUCAGCCACCGGGCAAAGACCGGUCCUUUCAUGAUGGAGCUGGACUCCUGUCAAUGGGGAGAUGGGACGUGGAGCAAAGGAUAUGGAGCAAAGGUGUCUUUUGGGAAAGGUUGAGAAAAGGAACGAUUGAGUUGAUAGAGAAGCACUUGGGGGAUGAACGAGCUUUGGACAGGGCUGGCUUCGAGAUGGCAGUACGAGGUGAAGCAGGGUGCAAUAUUGUGCGCGACGAGAAGCUCAAGAGCGACAUACGCCUUUUCUGGAUUGACCUGCUGAGACAGCAUGGGUCGAAACAAGAGGGAUUGGACCAUGUGGCCCCGGGGCAACCUUUCCACCUUAGACUCAUGAAGGAGUUGCUUGCGUUUGGAGAAGAUGCAGACAGAGAAUUUUUGAUGCAGGGCGAAGUAGGUUACCCUGUUGGUGUCCUGACCCCUUUGCCCAGGACGCCGCACUGCUAUGAAGAACAGACAACUUGGCGCUUAGAAGACGACCCACACAUGCAGGAGGAGGUCUGGCGUUCCAACUACCAAUCGGUAGGGGAACAUGUACAAUUUGUGCGGGAGCACUUCACGGAGGAGUGUGCGGAAGGCUUGAUGGAGAGACUCACACUGGAACAGGCGAAGACCAGAUUUGGAGACAAGAUCGCAAUCUCCUCACUUGCGGUGCUGGUGGAGCAAAACCAUCAGGGGAAGAAGAGGGUGAUUCAUGACGCCACCCACGGGACAAAACUGAAUAAUAGGAUCAGAUGCCGUGACAAAACAAGGUCUCCCAGUGCGAGAGAGAAACAGUACCUCUUAGCAUACUUCCAGGAGAACAAGUGCUCAGUCUUCAGUUUGGUGGGGGACAUAAGUAAGGCCCACAGGCGCUUCCUCCAUGCUCCAGGUGCAGGGAUCAGACUGGUGCAUGAGCUCCUGGGGCCACAAAUGCCGGUGGAGCUGCUACUGUUUGCAGACGAUCUGGAAGCUUUGGGUGCGAGUGCGGGAGGCAGGAGAGGGAUAACCCUUGCCUUCCUUUACAUGUCUGUUUUGGGUUUCCCUUUCAAGUGGACAAAGCAGAGGGGAGGGCUUAGAGUGGAAUGGAUUGGACUCUUCUCUGACUACUCUGUUUACAAACUGGGACUGUCGCCAUCCCGGGCGCGCUGGAUGCACGAUUGGGUGAAGGAGCUUGCAGACACCGGCACAACGACUGCAAAGAACUUUGAGCAGGGGCUGGGCCGCCUUGGCUUCGCGGCCAUGGCCUUGACAUGGGAGAGACCCUUUUUAGGGCCUCUUUAUAGCUGGUGUGCGGCCAUCAGAACAAAGCGUGGAGCCCUGCGGGUGCCUGCAAUGUUGAGGACCAUUUUGCGUUUUUUGGCGAAAAGGUUUUUGGCUGGUGGUGAUUUGCAAUGCCCGCCUCCACUCAAACGACAGGAGGGCAAACAGGUUAUCUUUUAUACAGAUGCCAAGGCCACAGAAGAAUCAGCAUGGAUAGGGGGCUUCAAGCAAGGUACAUACGGAAAGGUGCUGGCAUGGUUUUCUGAAGAGGUGCCGCUUUCUUGGGCGCCGUGGUUGAAGCUUAAAAGGGAUCCUAAGAGGAUCAUUGCAGCCUUGGAAUUACUAGCCAGUCUGGUGGCGGUGAAACUGUGGAUGCAGCCGGCGCAGCAAAGCUCUGAGGCCGUAUGCUGGUUGAAGGGCAAAACGGACAAUCAAUCCAACACCUACGCCUUGACGAAAUGGAUGAGCACGAAGUUUCCCCUUACAAUUUUUAUCAUGGAGAUGUCAGAGUCUUUAAGACUUGGACGCUGCAAUUUGACGCUUGACUGGGUUCCGCGUGAAUGGAACCAACUGGCCGACGAUCUCACGAACCAGAAGUUCGACAAGUUCUCUCUGCAGGACCGCAUCAGGUGGGAUCGGUUUCAACAAGAGUGGCUGGUAUUAGAAGAAUUUAUGGCUCAUGCAAACAGUUUUCAUGAUGAGACGAGAAAGAGGAAAUCAGAGCCUCAGGUUCAAAUGCCCAGGAAACGAAAGAGAGUUUCUUCCCUCAAACCUUGGUGA